AGCUUUCCUCUUCACACACGUUAAGUGAGAAAAUUAACAAAAAAAAAAAAGAAAUCAUCUAAAGAAAAAGAAAAUGAGACUAUUGAGCGUUAGAUCGAACUCGGAAGAUGUGGCGAUGCACGCCACGUCAGCAUCGUCAUCAGCUUCCGGUUAUCACGGUACGGUGCCGCAGUCUCCGUGGCACUCACCGGUUCCUUACCUCUUCGGCGGUUUAGCGGCGAUGCUUGGACUCAUAGCCUUUGCUCUUCUCAUCCUCGCAUGUUCUUACUGGCGCCUCUCCGGCCAAGAAGGUGGUCGGAACGGUGGAGAAGUGGACGAAGAGAAAGAGAGUGGGACCGGGGACAAGGCGGCGAGCGGAGCUUACGAGGAGAAGUUUCUUGUCAUAAUGGCCGGAGAAAACUUGCCGAGGUUUCUCGCGACGCCGACGGUGAAAAAGUGUACGUGUGGUGUUGAGGAGGGUAAAAUGGUAAUUUCUCAGGAGGGUAAUGCUGUUGUUGGAGAGGAGGAGAAGGUGAUCAAAGAUAUUGGAGAACCAACAACAAGUCACUGAGUUUUGUUUUGAUUAAUGUCUUUUUCUUGAGAAGUUUUCCUUGUGAUUCUUAGGAAUGUAAAUUUUACUAUAGAGCAAGAUUUUGGAGUUUUACUUAUUUUGUAAUGUUUUUAUCUUUUGUAAUACUAAAUCCUUUAUUUCAGUUUUUGUAAAUUUGAGGAAAUAUGUUUGAUCACUUUUACCUACAUAAAAGACUGUAAAUGCGGUUUCGUACGUGUAUAUGCGUGUACAUCCAUGUAUUUAGGAUUCGAUCGUUC